AUGGAGGAAAUUACAAGGUCUUGGCAAGAAGAUCCACAUUUACUAACUGUCAUUCAAGACCUGAAAACCACUCCAGGGUCACAUCCUUAUUACACUUGGGUCAAUGGCCACUUAAAUAGGAAGGGUAAGAUUGUGGUAGGACGUGAUUUAGAACUACAAUCCUGGUUGAUUUCAUUAUAUCACAACUCAGUUGUAGGAGGCCAUUCAGGAGUUACUGCCACUACGAAGAGGGUGGGAAACACACCAAGGCUACUACAACCCCUACCCAUUCCCCAUGCUCCAUUCAUUGACAUCAAUAUGGAUUUCAUCGAGGAGCUACCUAAAUCUGAAGGGAAGGAUGUCAUCAUAGUAAUAGUAGACCGUUUCAGCAAAUACGCUCAUUUUAUGAGCCUCAUCCAUCCAUAUUCAGCACCUACCAUGGCUAAUAUAUUCAUGGACAAUGUGUGCAAACUACAUGGCCUGCCAACAUCAAUAGUCAGUGAUAGGGAUCCAGUGUUUUUGAGCAAAUUCUGGAAGGAGAUGUUCAGUAUCCAAGGGAUGUAUGACUGGGGACAACCUAAAUCAGUGGGCAAGAUGGUUGUCAUUGGCCAAAUGGUGGUACAAUACGAAUUUCCAUUCUUCAACCCAGCUAACUCCCUACGAGGCAUUGGCCUCUCACCUGCAAAUGCUACCUGGGAGUUUGCGGACGAAAUAACGUGUUUUCCCGACUUUAACCUUGAGGACAGGGUGGUUUUAAUUGGGGAAGACUUGUCACAUGCCGCAAAUACUAACAUAACAGGAGAUGAUGAACAAGCAUUGACAGGAGAUGAAGAACGAGCACGAACAGAGGGUUAA